AUGUCUGAAGGUUUGAAACAAAGCUCGUCAAAUCAAGUCGCAAGCGGUAAGAUUAAUCCUGUUGGAAAACGAGUCUUUGAUAGAGAAAAUGGCCAAAAGAACGUCCAUAGAGUCCUUGGUGGUGGCGAAGUGGCAUAUGCAUUACCUUUGAUGCUUGCUCUAACUGUAUUAUUUGUCUGGUCAAGAGAUGCCAAAUUUAUCGAGGCAGUCUUUAUCCCAGAAGAGUCUGUAUUGAAGUUGGCAUCUUCUUUGAGGAACAAGAUCAACGGUGCAUUUGCUACUUUGAGUUACAUUGCAUCAGGAAGGAAUGUGAAGAAGUUUUCCUUUGUGAUAUUUGGCUUGUACAUCUUAUCAAUUUUGGGUAGUUACUAUCAUUUAUUGACACUUUUUAUAUAUAGCUACACCGCUGAUCUUCACCGUGCCUCUCCUUCAUGA